UUAAUCGAUAAUCGCUUGAACACUUAGCACUCAACACCUCUGUGGCCCGACGACUUACUUGCUGUUCAAACCACCUUCCGAGUUGGCAACCCGUGCGAGUUGUCAGACCUAGGAUUUUUAGGAGAAAUUACGCUGCUCCCUAACUAAGCUGCCUGCGAGUUGAUUUUGCUGACAUGGAUGCGGAGGAGCAAAUAAAUCAAGGGUUGCUCGCUCCUUCACAGGAGUUUUUAGCGUCUGUGAAAGUGUUCCCGCUUAUUCCUUACCUGAAGAAAGAUGUGAUCAACACUAUCGAUAGUCCGCUUAGUUGGGAGCAACUCACAGCCUCGGACAUCAAUUUUGCCAUAGUGCGUCCCUUGGUCACGAAGUACGCGAAGCUCAGGAACAUGGCUAUAGUAUACGCGUGCAUGGUUGUUCGUUCAUAUUUCUUAGCACAGUCAGGCUCAGACUUGGCUCAUGCCGGGGUGAUGUAUUCGCGCGCCACCCUUUGUGAGAUCAUGGCAUUGAAGCUUUUGAGUCACUUCGCAUCGAGCAAGAUUCAGUUGGUCGCUGUUUUGACGACCCUCUGGUGUCCAUUAGCAGGAGCGCCAGAUGAUGUGAUCGAGGAGGUGAAAGACGCUAUUGGAGGGGAAGAUGAGUAUGUCGAUGACCCUCAGUGUGCCAUUGAGAUGGCAAUCGCCACGAAGGCAAAGACAUUCCUGGCUUCCGCGAUUGUUCAGAGCGUUGUAACUGACAUAUACAAUGGGCGCAUCAUAGUAUCCAUCGCUGGCAACAGAUCGAUGGUGCCAGACAAUUACAAGCAGAGGGCGAUCAUGAUGUACAACCCGCGUACGGCACCGAUGCUCGAUCACUACAGAUUGAGGGUUCCACGAUAUUCUGCGAUUUUGCAUUUUGUCAACAUAGCUAUGCUCAUGGUGGUUUUCCUUGCGUGUAUAUGGACGCAAGACGUUUCUCAUGUGACUCCGUGGGAGUCUGUAUUCUUGGUUUUUGCGAUUGCCUUUACAUUGCAAGAGUACACGGCUUCUAAGGAGUACGGGUGGGCUAUUUACAUUGCCAACAUAUGGAACGUUUUUGACACAUCAUUUGUCAUAAUAUUUCUCGGCUAUCUGGUUUUGCGAGUGAAGGGGCUGUGGGAUAAUGACGCAAAGAUGUCUCAGCUUGCUUUUGACCUGCUAGCUUGCGGGUGUUGCGUUCUUGCUCCUCGGCUAGCUUUUUAUGCAAUAAACAAUAAUGUUGUCGUUUUGGCGUUGCGCGCAAUGAUAGCUGAAUUUAUUUUUUUCAUAGGCAUAGCGGCAGUUUGUUUCUCUGGUAUUUUGCUGACCUUGUACACCUUAGCCUCAGGUACAUGGACAAUACGCAAUAUUGCUUGGUUGAUGGUUCAGAUCUGGUUCGGCUACACGUACCUCAGUUUUGCCCAAGCAAAAAGCUUUCAUCCGGUGUUCGGUCCCAUUUUAAUGACAUUCUUCGCAGCGUUGUCGGGCACCCUUCUCUUGACUAUUCUUAUUUCCAUUUUGUCAAAUACCGCUGCCCGAAUUGAUGCAAACGCUACCCAAGAGUUUCUGUUUCAAUGCACUAUAUCGACUAUCCAGGGCGUAAAAUCGGAUGCUUUAUUCAGCUACCAGCCUCCUUUCAACAUUCUCGCCUUCGUCAUACUCAAACCUGCAAGUUACAUCCUUUCGCCCCGCUCUUUGCACUCUGCGAACGUGUUCCUGAUCAGGCUUACAUCAUUCCCUGUUUUGAUCGCUAUCGCCAUGUACGAACGUCUCUUGGCUUCUGAACAGCGGCUACGUGAGCCCGGAAAGGGUGCUGCUCGCAGUCUGUAUCACAGCAUCCCAAGGCACAUCAAGAACAUGCCAUUUGUCGACUAUUUUGUCGGUUCGAAGUCAGCGGAUUUGUACGAGGCGAUUUUCGAGGUCGAGGAUUCCAGGGAUUUUGAGCUUUUUGAUGACUCGGAGGUGGACGAGACCAGCCUGCGGUCACUACUUACAUCUGGACAUGAAGAUUCUGGGUCAUCACCCAUUUCGGAACCGCGGCGUCACAAGAGAUCCGCUUCACUUUCAAAGAAGUCGCAAUCACAACCCCCGAGGACUCGAAAGGUCAGCGCAUUGCCUGCGUUAUCAGAACCAUCAGGCACAAGAAAAAUCUUGCACCUGAAUACGUCUACACCAGUCACAAGUUUGUUCUUACAACGUUUCAACGACCCGUCGUCUACUCCACCGGUAGAAAUGCUACCUGAUAUCACGAACAUGGACAGGUUGGACUCCUCCAUCAAGCGGAUUGAAGCAUUGUUAGAGGAUUGUCGUGAAUUACCAGUCCGCAAACUAAAAGAUGAGAUGAAAGACUUACAAGACCGUCAGGCUCGCAUCGAGAACAUUUUGUUAGCCUUGACUCGCGGGAUGCGACAUGAGACGGAAAUUCUACGGUACAAUACUGUAUGAUUAACCUGAGCACUCUGAUUCAAUUGCGCUACGCUAUUUGAUUGUCACUCCUGCAUUUUGAAAGAACUCUUGAUCUGACCA